UUUUUUGUCCCUCUGUUGUUCUUUCAUGUGAACUUUGUAUCUCAUUUCUUCACUUUUUUAAAUGCAGGUCAUGUUCCCCAUGUUCCAGGAGCUUGCACCACACGACCGACACGACAAGUGUGGUCACCACUAUGCGGUCUGUCUUGACCUGAAGAACCAACGUAUCGAGGUGCUUGAUUCAAUCCGUUCGGAAGCUGAUGCAGACCUUACUACGCAUGCCGAAUUAUUCAUCAAGAAGCUCAAAGAGACUUGGAACCGUCACUACGAACAUUCAGAGGUCCAGAUCAGGCAUUUCCCGACUGAGUAUGUGGCGACUGUGAAGCAAGGGAACACGACGGACUGUGGCUUUCACGCGCUGGAAUACUUUGCAAAGUGGGAAGGCAGAAUUGUCCCCGCUAUCACAGAUGCAACGGUCGUUGAGCUCCGAAAAAUCUGCACAUGGAACUGGCUGACGAAUGAAGAUUUCAACAAGCGGUCCGGAGCACGCGAGUUCGUGGAGGAAGCUGUCAAGCAAGUCAUCAAGAAGUACAAGUGAUCACGUGGCGUUACACACCAGACGCACACCUUACAUUCUGUUGUUGAGGAAUGUAAGGUACUAUCUCUCUGUUCUUUGUCGAAAACUAUGUUUUGUGUGCUACGUUAUGACUGCAACCUCGUGUAGCCUACUAUGUAAUGGUGGCGUGUUAGCGACAUUUUUAGUGUUUUCUGUAAUACAUGUGUGGACGUGAACCUAUUUUAGGGGUUACAUCGGAUCUGUUUUUAUGUUUA